AUGAUCUCCGCCGCGGGGUUCCGCCCCGUCGUGCUCUCGGCUGGCAUGCCGAUGUCUCGUGGCUGUCCUAUCUUGCCCCGUGACCAGACGAACAUGGCCUCCGAACUCUCGACCACUGCUCCCUGCCCCCUUGUCCAGACCUCCGACAACGGCAUCUCCCCGGCCGCAAAGGAGGUUGUGGUGGGAGCCGCUGGGGGGAUCACCCAAGUGCUGAUUGGUCAACCUUUCGACAUUGUCAAAGUCCGCAUGCAAAACCGCGUCGAUGGCGGCGCGGUUCAUAUUGCUAGGAAUUUAUGGAAACAGGAGGGCCCGAAGGGGUUUUAUAAAGGAUCUCUCGCUCCGUUCGUAGGAGUCGGCGCCUGCAUAAGCAUAGUCUACACAACCUACCACCUCGUGACCUCCACCCUAAAAUCAACCCUCUCAAUCCCCACCCUCACCACCCCCCAAACCUACCUCUCCGGCGGCCUCGCCGGCCUCACAAACAGCCUCGUCUCCGGGCCCAUGGAACACAUCCGGAUCCGUCUACAGAUGCAAUCCGCGAACCCGGCAGAACGCACCUACAAUGGGACUGCGGACUGCGUGCGCCAGAUCCUGAGACGGGGUGGGUUGCGGGCGCUGUAUCGCGGACAGUCGGCGACGGUGUUGAGGGAGUUUCAUAGUUAUGGGAUUUGGUUUGCGGUUUAUGGGGCGUUGAUGGAGGGGGUGGAAAGGAGGGAGAGGGAUGGAGGUAAGGCAGUGGAGGGUAUUGGUACUGGCACUGAGGAGGUGCAGAUCCCCGGGUGGAAAGUCGCGGCGUGUGGUGCCAUCACCGGCGAGAUCCUCUGGGCUAUGAAUUAUCCUUUCGACGUGGUCAAGAGCACCAUGCAGGCGGACGGGUUCGGGGCCCAGAGACGCUAUCGUGGCAUGGGUGAUGCCGUGCGGCAUAUCUGGCGUGUGGAUGGCUGGCGAGGGUUCUUUCGGGGACUGGGGCCGACGUUGGGGAGAGCGGUGCCUGUGUCGGCGGGGACGUUCUUGGUGGUUGAGGCGGUUCGGAAGUCGCUGUAG